AUGACUGCGGCCCUGUUCGCUCUCCUCCUCCUUCCAGCGCUCAACGACGACGCUGACCCUCGCACCCUCGUCCGCUGGGCCUCGUCGCGCUGCGAGCCGGCCGUAAGCGGCUCGUGCGGCCGCGAGCCGCACGGCUACUGCGACGCGUCGGUCGGCCGGUGCGUCUGCUCGCCCGGCCGCUUCGGUCCGCGGUGCGAGCAGAUGCACUACCCGGCCUGCCGGCUGCACCCCGACGGCGAGAUGGCGUGCGACACCUUUGUCGGCCUCAUGUCCUGCGCGUGCCGCCUCUCGUGCGAGCAGAGGUACGGCUCGAUGGCGCGGUUCAACACGCCUCUCUGCUGGGACGAGUCCGUGUCGGACGAGGAGCUCAGCCGCCGGAACCUUCUAGGCACGUGCCUCGUCCCCGCCGCCGUCCGCUCGGAGCACGCGCGGGAGCAGUACCCGCUGCAGGGCGAGCGCGCCGGCGAGGCCCUGCCCCCGCCUCCGUGCGAGCCGAGCUGCGUCUGCCACCGCGGGUAUGUCGGCCGCGCCUGCGAGGCUGUCAGCCCGUCCGAGGAGCGCGAGCCGUUCGGCGCGUCGAAGUACGGCUCGCUCUGCCUCAACGGCCGAGGCUGCUCCGGCCACGGCGCGUGCGUCGCCCGCUUCUGCCUCUGCCACGCCGGUUGGGCGGGCGCAGACUGCUCGCUCCCAAACGCUCCGAGCCGGCCGCUGGCGCCGCCCGCCGCCCUGCCGAGCGCGCAGCCGAUUGGCGGGCGGCGCGUGCCCAUCUACAUCUACCCGCUGCCGACCGAGAUGUCGCUCGAGCACGUCUACAUGCGCGACAUGCUGCGGCGAGGCCAGUACUACGCCAACCUCAUGUUCCUCGAGGCGCUGCUCCGCGACAAGGCCUCCGUCGUGGCAGACCCGGAGCAGGCGGCCCUCUUCUUCGUGCCGGUGAUGCCGAUGCAGAUGGCGGGCAACUUGUGGCACCCAUACGAGUUCCUCGCGCAGACCGCGCGCCACCUCGCGAGCGAGUAUCCCUUCUGGCGCCGCUCCGGCGGGCGAGCGACCAGCCCUUCCUCGCACGCCGAUCGCGACCACAUCUUCUUCCUCACGACGGACCGCGCCGGCUGCUGGAAGCCAUUCGAGCUCAACCAGUCCAUUGCCAACUUUGGCUUCGAGGAGCGGCUGCGCUGGGGCGCAAACCCGUCGGGGCCGGAGCGGCGCAACAACGCGUACGACACGCGCGAGGGGUCGGUCGCCACCACGCUGCCCUGCUACGACGUCGUCGUGCCCGUCGACACCGAGGUGAAGGCCGCCGACCAGGCAAAGUCGCCGCGGCCGGGCGCUCCGUACCAGUGCGCGGGCCGGGCGGGCAAGCUGAAGCUGCUGCACAUGGGCGGCUCGAUGCAGAACAUGGGGCGGAUCGAGUACUCGCAGGGCGUGCGGCAGCGCAUCGCCGAGCUGCACAGCGACGAGCCAGACUUCGUGCUCGGCGGCACCUUCACGCUGGACGACCUGCGCGCCGCCACCUUUUGCCUCGCGCCGUCGGGCUGGGGCUGGGGCUGGCGCAUCACGCUCACCCUGCUGACGCAGUGUGUGCCCGUCAUCAUCCAGCCGAACGUGACGCAGCCGUUCGAGGAGCUGCUGCCGUACGAGGACUUCUCGCUGCGCCUCACCAAGGAGGACAUCCCGGCGCUCCCCAAGCUGCUGCGCGCCGUGCCGGACGCGACCAUCUGCCGGAUGCAGACCAGCCUCGCCAAGCACUACCGCGCGCUGCUCUGGCAGAAGCCGCACGGGCCGCAGCACCCGAGCGCCUACGACCUGACGAUGAUCGCGCUCUGCCGGCGAGAGCUUCGCCCCACCACCCCGCCGCUUCCGGCCUCCUGGCACCUCACACCCCCUCCCCUCCUCGCACGCAGGCGGGCCAAGAGCUUGGCAGUCAGGCUGUCCAGAUCCCCCGAUACGGCGCGCGCAUACCUGGCACGUCACACGCCAGAAUGCGCCGAUACGCUCGAGGCGGCGGGCGUCGCGUUCACCUGA